UUUUUCCUCCAUUUUAGACGUGAAAGGAAGUGGGGGAGGGUUCAAAUCUAAAGUUUUUGGUACUCCAAUAUUCUGUCCAGCAAAUGUCGACCAUAAAACUGAAAUUGCUCACAGCAAGAACUUUGUCUUCUCGGUCCCUCUUGAAACUGAAGCAAUCAUCUUUACUUCUUACGAAACAGUCCUAUUCUUCCAACCCUUAUUCUUUUUCUGCUACUGCUUUUGGAGAAACAGGGAGGCCAGUUGAAACGGAAAGCAACGACAUCCCCACUUCUGGAAUCAGCAGGCCACUUUUGGAAAUUCUCAAAGAACUCAACAAAAGGGUCCCCGAUUCCCUUGUAAAGGAGCGCCGGGAGGGUGACUUCUCUGUCAAGUACAUCCCCUGGCAUAUAGUCAACAGGAUAAUGAAUUUACACGCUCCAGAAUGGUCUGGUGAGGUUAGGAACAUAACUUAUUCAGCUGAUGGCAAGUCUGUAUCUGUUGUUUAUCGUGUAACACUAUAUGGGACUGAUGCUGAGAUAUAUAGGGAAUCUACUGGGACUGCUUCAAUGGACGAUGCAGGCUUCGGAGAUCCUGUACAGAAGGCAGAAGCAAUGGCAUUCCGUCGAGCAUGUGCUCGCUUUGGCCUUGGGCUUCAUCUAUAUCAUGAAGAUUUGUCUUAGCAAAACAAUAUCAUUAUGUCUGGGCAAAACAAUGGCCAAUGGGAAUUUUUUUUCUUCUCCUUAAUCUGGUGAAGUUUCUUUUCCCUUUUGAGGCCAAAAAGUGGAGUAUUAUCCAGCCUGUGGCAAAUUCUAACAUUGCUGAGCAAGUAGCUUUAUGACUCCACAUGUAUGUUGAUAUGUAUUGGAAGAGUAUGAGUGGAAUAUUUCUGGACCAUAAAUUUGUUUUCAGCUGUAGAUUUAGAGAUUUCAGGACUUGGACCACAGGGAUAUCUACCUUGGGUUUCAAUUUUGAUGCAGUUUAAUUUCAUUUUAGUUUAUAA